UCCUUAUGGAAACUAAUUCUGCAAGUAGAAGAUACAAAACCAGGAGAAGCACAAGAGCAGAAGAACCGGUAGCCAAAUCUCAAGUUGACUGGAGGCGGACUAAAAGAAAUCAACUGCCUGAAAGUGAGGAUGAGGAUGAUGAAAUUGUAUCAUCAUCAGAAAAAGAACUCGAGUCCAGUUCAGAAGAAGAAGUCGGUGGAAAAGAAGCAGCAUCCAUACUUAGGAAGAGUAAUGGUGAAGCUGUGAGUGAUGCAGAUUUUCAGACAUGUUGUAGUGGUGUAGCAUCAGAGGAUCUGGAAGAAGCGGACAUCUCCUUCAGGAAGCGGAAGAGACCUCGGCCAGCUGUGAUGUAUGACAGUGAUGAGAGCAGUGACAGCAGUAUUGUUAGGAAAGUGUUUGCUAAACGCAGUUGCAAAAUUGAUGAAGACAAUUUAUCUGUUGAUGGAAACACAUCCCCAGCAGAGGAAAAAGCAAAUGCAAAGCUAGGAAGACAAAUAAAACUGCAAGAACUGUCUCACCGGCAAUCAGGACGAUCUGGCAGAGUCAGUCAAUGUGAUGAGGAUGGUGCAGAUGAUGUCUCGAAACAACUUGGUUGUCACUCAUCCCUCACACAAGAUGAAAUUAGUGCUAUGUCUUCAAGUGACAGCAUGAAAGAUUUCAUAGAUGAUGAUGACGAUGACGAUGAUGAAGAAGAAGAAGAAGAAGAAGAAGAGGAGAAGGAGGAGGAGGAAUUGGAACAGGAGAACCACCAGCCCCAAGACAGAAAAUAUCCUGUAUCCAGUAGCUUAUUGGAGAAACACGUUCCAGGCUUGUUUCAUGUUGAUCGUUACGAACACCUUCGAAGAGUUGUAAAAGCCUUUCUCAUCAAUGCAACUGAUGGUAACUUUCUGAGCUCUUUAUAUGCGGGGAGAAGACAACAGAGAGAUGCGCAGAAUAUGCUGGAUUCCCUCUAUUAUUUGGAUGACCGCUUUAUUCAACCUCGCCUUAAUAAUUUACUUUCAAGUUGUCGCUGGCAAAAACGAUAUAAGGACCGAGUGAACAGCUAUCCUGAUGUCCGCAUAGUUCCAAGAACUGCAGAGACACGUUCUUGUGAAGCCUGUGAGCUACAGCGGACCUGUAAGUUUACCGUGGUUUUCUCUGGAACACUGUACAAUAGUAAAACACUGCAAGUGGACUCCUUCAUGCCCCAUGAUAGACAGGUGUUGAAGAUUGGUUGUAUAUGUAAAGACCGUACUGAGGUUUAUCACAAACUGAAGCACUAUAAAUAUAAAUUGUAUCAGAGCUGCUGUUUAGCUAUAGAAAACAAAGGUCUUCAGGAUGAGCCAGUCGGAGAUUUAGUGGACCGAGUUUUCAGCCAGCUGGAUAAAGAAGGCUGGAUGAAUCAGCAAUAUUCUGUCCUUAAAGACUCUCUGGACAGCGCAGAUUUCUUCCAAGUCGAAAAAAUGGACAAUGAAUAAAUCUCUUGAAGGAUUUUAAAAAUGCAUCCUAUGUGCUUCAGCCAGACUGCUGAUGGGUUUUGACUGCCAUACCGCAUUCCUGCUAUUAUUUCUUUGUUACUUAUGGUCCACAAUAGUAUACAAAUAUAUGCAUUAAAUU